GUCGUAUCUCCAUAGCAAAACCCUAGUUGCAGUCACUUUCCCGGCUUCUCAAACCAAGAACAAUGGCUGAAGUCGAACCAGAUGUUUCCGCAGCUGCUCUUGCGAAGAAGAGAACGUUCAAAAAGUUUUCCUUCAAAGGAGUCGAUCUCGAUGCUCUUCUUGACAUGCCCACUGAUGAUCUUGUCGAGCUCUUCCCUUCCCGUAUAAGAAGAAGGAUGAGUAGAGGAUUAACGAGGAAGCCUAUGGCUCUCAUCAAGAAAUUGCGCAAAGCGAAACUAGAUGCACCAGCUGGUGAGAAGCCCGAAGUAGUGAGAACCCAUCUAAGGAACAUGGUGAUUAUGCCUGAAAUGAUUGGAAGCAUCAUUGGUGUGUACAAUGGAAAGACUUUUAACCAAAUCGAGAUCAAACCGGAGAUGAUUGGACAUUACCUUGCGGAAUUCUCAAUCACUUACAAACCCGUUAGGCACGGCAAGCCCGGUCAUGGUGCUACACACUCCUCUAGGUUUAUCCCUCUCAAGUGAAGCCAUUUCAAGACUUCAUUCUGCUUUUACAAUUUCUUUUGUUUUGCUCAUCUAAAUCUAUCUUCUUAUCAUCAUGUCUCUGACACUCUAGUGUCUUUAAACUUUUCUUAUUAUCGUAAAAAAAAUUCUUGGUGAUUUUCUCUAUAAUACUUAAUACCAUUA